AUGGAAGAAAGUGGAAGAAGAUACAGCAUAGCUCAGCCUCCUGAUGGCUCCUUUGGGUCUCUGCUCCCCAAUGGCUCCUGGAACGGUAUGGUGGGCAUGGUCAUCCGGAAGGAAGUUGACUUGGCUCUCGGUCCGUUCGCUAUCACUUACGACCGGUCAGUGGCGGUCGACUUUUCCUUUCCUCUUCUUGUGGACAACGUCAAAAUUCUGGGCAGAAGAGGCCGGACGGAGGUGAACGAGUGGAGCUUCGUCAUGCCUCUGGGCCCUCUAGUGUGGCUGAUGACUUUCGUGUCCUUGCUGGCCUUAGUUGUCGUUACUAAACUGCUCGGGAUGAUUGAGAGGAAAAUUCCCUUCGGUGGUGGCCCAGGAUAUUCCACUUACAUCCGCAUCAUCUUCCAACAAGAUGUGGAGGACAGACAGAGCCUGGCGUGGGAGCGCGUCAUGGUCUGCUUCUGGGCUCUGGCAGUGUUCGUCAUCUUCGCUUCGUACAAGUCCAACCUCAUGUCGCUGUUGGCUGUGAGGUACAUAUCAGAGCCAUACCAGACCUGGCGGGAUAUGGUAGAAGACGAAUCGCUCACCAUCAUACAGUUUGCGAACACCGCUCAGACGCAGAUUAUAUCGGCAGCAGAGUCGGGCAUAUUCCAUGACGUGGCAGAGGCCGGGAAGAGAGGCCAUUACAGGCUAAUACCAGUUCCAGGCUUCGUACCUGUAGUCGAUAAAUUGGUCUCGAGGGGUGACCACGUCUUCCUGGCACCUUUCCUCAUGAUGAAAUUGUUUCUGACGGAGGACUACAUGCACAAAGGGAACUGCAAGUUCUAUGCCUCGAGCGAAGGCUUCAUGGAAUCCCACCUAAGUCUGGUCUUCCAAAAGAACAGUCCUCUUCGCAUUGCCAUGGACAGAAGGAUCAAAGGAGCAAUCGAGGGAGGACUCUACGAGUACUGGAUCAGCGACGCAAUCCCCAACGUGGGAUCAUGCAAGCGUCCCCCGACGAAGAUCACCGUCCAGGAAUCUCUGUCCAUGAACGAUUUGUGGGGGAUGUUCGUGGUCCUCGUGGCCGGUUAUGUGGCAAGUUUCGUGGCCUUCGUGUCGGAAAAGACGGCUGCUCAACUCCUGACUCGUCACAAAGAAGAGGAACUGAAUCUGCUUCAUGAGUGAUUUUGUCUCAGUUGCUGGUCUCGUUGGAAACAGACCAGAUGUUUUCGAAGUCUCGGGUUCCUUGACAUCAGUGCGAAAUGGUAAUUUUCCUAGACAACACAUGGCGUGACGUGAUCUCCAGCGUACUCGGAACACUUGCAAGAAUUUCCCCUCACGCAUAAGUUGUAGACAUUAUGUUCCUAAAGUGGUCUUCGUAAUUAAUAAUCAUAAUUUAGUAAUAUUUAAAGCAACAAGGAUCAAAUAAACGGGACAGAAAUUAAACAUUCAUAUACUCUCAGUUAUAAGUGGAAACACAAAAUAAUCGAACAGAGACAUAACUUAGAUUCAGCACACCAAAUAAAUUAAAACGUGCUAAAAUCUAUGGUCAAAUACAGCGUUGUUUAACCAACGAAAAUUUAA